AGAGCUCCAAGCUCCUUCCCAAAACUCCAACAAACAGCAUCGACAUGAACAUAUCGCGUCCAUUGACGCCCCCCACACAGCAUGCAUAUUAUCAAACCUUCAUGGUUGCGACAUAGUGGGGAGCAAAAGGAUUUCGAGGUUUACAGCUGCCACAUUUCCCCCGAUGGUUCGAGGCUCGCCACCGCCGGCGGAGACGGCCAUGUCCGCGUCUGGUCGACCAAAGCCAUCCUCAACGCCGAUCACCCAGAACACGGCAAACCACGACAGCUUUGCCACAUGAGCCACCACCUAGGCACCAUCCACUCCGUCCGAUUCUCCCCGAACGGCCGCUAUCUCGCUUCUGGCGCCGACGAUAGGGUCAUCUGCAUAUACCAGCUCGAUAGCAACCCACCUUCGCAUGCGGCAACAUUUGGCACGAACGAACCCCCGCCUGUUGAGAACUGGAAAACACACAAACGUCUCGUCGGUCACGAUAGCGAUGUCCAGGACCUCGCCUGGUCAUACGACAACUCGAUCCUCGUCUCCGUCGGCUUAGAUUCCAAGGUGGUGGUAUGGUCGGGACACACUUUCGAGAAGCUGAAAACCAUCGCCGUACAUCAGAGCCACGUUAAGGGUAUCACAUUCGAUCCCGCCAACAAGUUCUUCGCGACCGCGGGCGAUGACCGACACAUCAAGAUCUUCCGUUUCACCCCGCCCCCGCCGAAUGCGACCCAACAUGACAUGGUUAACAACUUUGUCCUCGAGACAACCAUCAGCGCGCCGUUCAAGAGCUCGCCGCUUACAACCUACUUUCGGAGAUGUAGUUGGUCUCCAGACGGUAAUCACAUAGCGGCAGCCAAUGCGGUCAACGGACCCGUGAGCAGCGUUGCAAUCAUUGAGCGCUCGAGGUGGGACAGUGAGAUCAACCUAAUCGGUCACGAGGGGCCCACCGAAGUCUGCAUGUUCUCCCCCCGUUUGUUCCAUACGCAAAAGCCCAGCGACAACGCGUCCGAUAAGGGCUCGCCCGGCCUGGUGACAGUCAUCGCAUCCGCGGGACAGGAUAAGACGCUGAGCAUAUGGAACACAAACACCUCGAGACCCGUUGUUAUUUUGCAGGAUGUGGCGUCCAAGUCCAUGUCCGACCUCGCCUGGACCCCCGACGGCCAGACACUGUUCGCCUCGAGUUUGGACGGCACAAUUCUCGCUGUCAAGUUUGAGACGGGUGAGUUGGGUUGGGUGGCAACUGCCGAGGAGAACGACAAGGCGUUGCAAAAAUAUGGCGGGUCGAGGAAGGGGAUGGGGACCGCUGAAGAUGUCGACGGUUUACACCUCGAGAACCACAGCAAAGAGGGCGAGCUGCGGGGAGCCGAGUCAAGGAUGGGUGCGCUGAUGGGGGAUUUCCAACCCGAGGACAAGGGCCAACCGGCCGCAACUAAUGGCUCAAAGCCGACGGCCAAGAACGGCGAGACUAAUGGCACGGCAGAGCCAAAGGAGAAGGAGGCAACCAAGGCAGCGCCGGCCGAGGAAAGUGUAGAGAAGACGGCUGAAAGGAUAGCUGAACUGAAGUCGCGAGUGCAGGUUACCAAGGACGGAAAGAAGAGGGUAGCGCCAUUACUGGUCUCGUCGUCCGCCACAGGUCUCUUGUCAUUACCUCAGUCACAGCUGGUCGGUUCGAAAUCGACCAAAACAACCCAAAACGAUACACCGCAAACCAUCUUGGACCUUUCCAAGCCAUCCCACGGCUUGCCGAGAGGAGGCAUAGCCGCCAUGCUCCUGGGCAACAAGCGGAAAGCUGCUGCAAUGGAGGGAGAGGAGGAGGACGAGCUCGCGGGCAGGCGGCCUUCGGCUGGGCCCGUUCCAAUUCUGAUUGACACCCCCGAGGGGUUAGAACCUGCUCCCUUGACCGCCCCUGCUCAAGGUGUUGUACCGACACCAGAGUACCUCCGGCCAGCCGUCAUAAGCCCAGCCGUUUCCUUCUCCCAGGUCAGACUGGCCGUGCCCAAGGUGCGGUCACACAUCGUGAGACCGCUCGAAAAAGGCGUCCUUCAAGGACAGUCAACCCUUGACGAAGCAUCCAAAGUACCCGAGAUUAUCGUUCUCGAGGCUAAGAACCCCAUCAGACCCCGAGAGCCCGCCCACAUCUCGGCCUCCAAACGAGGCGCCCGUCUCUGGCAAGACUACCUCCCGCGCGCCAUCAUUCUCGUAACCGGCAACAAACACUUCUGGGCAGCCGCUUGCGAGGAUGGCUCCUUGCACACCUGGACGCCCGCCGGCCGUCGCCUCCUCAACGGCAUCAUCCUCGAGUCCCAGCCCGUCAUCCUCGAAUCCCGUGAGCACUGGCUCCUCUGCAUCACCUCGGUCGGCCUCUGUCACGUAUUCAAUAUCAAAACCAUGUCCGCCGCCCACCCGCCCGUGUCCUUGGGACCCAUCCUCGACAUGGCCAUCACCUCCCUCUCCCCCGAGGGCCCGACCCCCGCGCCGGGGGUCACCUCAGCACACCUCAACAGCGUCGGCGCCAUCGUCGUCACACUCAGCAACGGCGACGGCUUCUACUACUCCUCCACCAUGUACGCAUGGCAGCGCCUCUCCGAGUCCUGGUGGGCGCUGGGCAGCCAGUACUGGAACAGCAACGACUCGUCCGUCAGCGCGCUGUCGACCACGGCCGUGGGACCCACCGCAACCACCACAUCAUCCACAUCCGCAACAACCCCCGACCGACCGGACGCCGCCACAGCCGAGAUCGGCAUCUCGGCCGGCAUCAUCCCCCACCUCGAGCGCCACACCACCAACGAGUUCCUGCUCAAGGGCCGCGCCUUCACCCUGCAGCGCCUCAUCAAGACCCUCCUCUCCAAGGACGGCUUCGAAGGCUUCGAGAGCACCGUCAGCGUCGCCCACCUCGAGAACCGCAUCGCCGGCGCCCUGGGGCUCGGCGCCCGCGAGGAGUUCCGGCUGUACCUGUUUAUGUAUGCUAGGCGGAUCGGUGCCGAGGGGUUGAGGGGGAAGGUCGAGGAGUUGUUGAAUUGUUUGGUGGGGGGGUUGUUGCAGGAGAAAAACGGGGGUGGUGGUGGUGGUGGUGCUGGGGGUCUGGGUGGGGAGGCGAAGGGGUGGUUUGGGAAGGGGGAGAUGUUGGGGGGGUGGGAGAGGCGCGAGUUGUUGAAGGGGGUUGUGCUUAUUUUGGGCAAAUUCCGCGACCUCCAGCGGUUGACCGUCCAGUAUGCCCGCAUUCUGGGGCUGACUGCCGACGGCGAGGAGGAGGAGGAGGACGGUGACAACGGCGGCGGCGGUGAGAAUGGCGCUGCGGCCGAGGAGAUGGAAUUGGAGGAGUAGUGCGCCGACGCUGGACUGCGUGUUCGUCCCCAGUCGGCGUAUCCGUAUCCGGAUGGGGAUCUACCUACUACUCCUAUCACGCGGGUGGCGGGAUCGAAGCGCUUG